UCAAAAGUUCGUUUCAGUAUCAUUGUUCAAAUCAACGUUUUUCGAGUGACAACCAUAGAGGCAUCAAGCAACAUGUUCAAGUUCAUCCUUCUGCUCGCAUCUUUGGCCUAUGCCAGCGCUGGACAUGUCGACUCUCAUGCUGCUCCAAUAGCUGCCAACUACGCCCCGGCUGCAGCAGUGAGUUACAGCACGGUUACCCGUACCCAUUCUCUUCCUGUGGCCCACGGAAACGCCCACUCUAAUCUCCACCACGGAUAUAUCCACUCACACAACAAUCACCACGUGUACGGACACAAUUUCGCCCCAGCUCACUCCUAUGAAGAUGGCUACGCUCAAUACCUGGCCAAUGACCACUACGGAUAUUCCCGACAUGGAGCUCCACUGAUCGCCAAGCAUGUCACCGUAGCCCAUGUUCCAGUGCAUCAUCACCACGCGUAUGCCGAUAAUGUGGUAGCUGCCCCAGUUUUGGCCGCUCACGGAUACAACUAUGGCGGAGCUCAUCAUCUCGGUUACAACAAUCACCACGGACAUCAUGGUUAUUGAAAUGGUUUUCAAAUAUUAAUGAAAUUUUGGAAUAGGACAUUGUUAUGAUCUGUUGAAAAGAA